AUGACAGAUAAAUCCAUCGAAGAAUUAGAUCAGGUACUGACGAGCGAAACCAAAUCACUUUGGAAACAAGCAUACGAAUACACAAACACACCUUUACCAGCAAUAAUCAAUGCAGGAUUAAUUUUCGCAACACCCGUCCUAUCACCACAAUUCAAGACUGCAAUCUCAACCACCACAUCUGGCGCUGUCCCCUUCUUAUCCAAAGGUAGAACUUCAUCAACUAAUAAAUAUAUCGGAUUAUCAAAUAAGAAUAUAUUAUUGUUUGGUGCUGCUCAAGCAUUAGGUGCCAAAAUGUUAUCUGAUGGUGAUAUUGAAAACGGAUCUGGAUUCGUAACCGCGUGGUCCAUCUUAUUCCUUAUAGUUAAUGGGAAACGUUCUUUGAAUUCUUUGAAAGUUACUAAAAUUUGGCCAAUGGUCUUAUGCGUAGGAUCAUUGGGGAACUCAAUACUUUACGGGAAAAGGUUUAUAUCAGGCGGUUUCAAAUGA